AGGCGCAACUUCCGCUCUCAACUCCUCCUUUGUCUGAGUCCUUUCGGUCCUCCGCCUAGUUAUUUAUUUAUUUCCUUUUCGUUUGUGGGGUAUAUUUUUAUAUAUCCUUAUCUCUCGGUUAUUGAAUGACAUUCGAUUCCGACACAUAUAUGCCUAAAAGCAAAGCCCCCAAAAUGGAUGAUCUGGACUACAUCCCAGCGGACCUGAGCCCAGAGGAGCGCUCCGAGCUGGAGGAGAUCCGCCGCAGAAAAGGAGCGCUGCUUCUGGAGAUCCAGAGGCUGAAAGAGGAGCUGAGAGAAGCUAUUAUCGAGGUGGAGGGGCUGGAGAGCAGCACAGAGGGCAGUAAAACAUUACAGAAGAGUCGACAUGUGGCCAUGGGCAGGAAAAAAUUCAACAUGGACCCGAAAAAGGGCAUUGUAUUUCUAGUGGAGAAUGAGCUUCUCAGACACACUCCAGAGGACAUUGCCCAGUUUCUGUACAAAGGAGAAGGACUCAAUAAAACGGCAAUAGGAGACUAUCUGGGUGAAAGAGAUGACUUCAAUAUUAAAGUGUUGCAAGCUUUUGUUGAUCUUCAUGAAUUCACGGAUCUGAAUUUGGUACAAGCGCUUCGGCAGUUUCUGUGGAGUUUCCGCUUGCCCGGCGAGGCUCAGAAGAUCGACAGGAUGAUGGAGGCCUUUGCCCAAAGAUACUGUCACUGCAAUCCUGGAGUCUUCCAGAGCACAGACACCUGUUACGUGCUGUCGUUUGCCAUCAUCAUGUUGAACACCAGUCUGCACAACCCCAAUGUGCGGGACAAGCCCACGGUGGAGCGCUUCAUCAGCAUGAACAGAGGCAUCAACGAUGGAGGAGAUUUACCAGAGGAGCUGCUCAGAAAUCUGUAUGACAGCAUCAAGAAUGAGCCCUUUAAGAUCCCAGAGGAUGAUGGGAAUGACCUGACGCACACUUUCUUCAACCCUGACAGAGAAGGCUGGCUCCUCAAACUGGGAGGACGUGUGAAAACAUGGAAGAGACGGUGGUUCAUUCUGACUGAUAACUGCCUCUAUUACUUCGAGUACACAACAGAUAAGGAGCCCAGAGGUAUCAUACCAUUGGAGAACCUGAGCAUUCGAGAGGUCGAAGAUCCCAGAAAGCCAAACUGUUUUGAGCUGUACAUCCCUAAUAACCGCGGGCAGCUGAUUAAAGCGUGUAAGACCGAGGCUGACGGUCGGGUGGUGGAGGGAAACCACAUGGUGUACCGGAUCUCAGCUCCCACUCCGGAGGAGAAGGAUGAAUGGAUUCACAGCAUCAAAUCCGCUGUGAGCGUGGACCCCUUCUACGAGAUGCUUGCAGCCAGGAAGAAACGCAUUUCCCUAAAGAAGAAAGAAGAGCAACCCUGAAAGUCCUCCAUUUUUCGUCCAUCCGUUCAUAUGCUCCCUCCAUUCUCUGAGAAACCAAUGAUCCUUCAUGAAGGUAGCUCUCGUCCUCUCAUCAGAUGAAUCCAUUAUGCUGGUUUUGUGGAGAGAUGGAUGUCGUUGGGAAACCUGAACGUCAUCAUCUUCGGUUUGGAUUUCGGUGGUCUGGACUGCAUCUCUUAUUUCCAUACUUCUUGUACACUUGCACACUACACAGUGUUAUUCACUAUCACACUAGUCUGUACAGAUACUCACUAUAUUACGCUGACAUUCCAUAGAACUUCACUGACAAACGUAACAUUCAUAAAUCUGCAUAAAUCUCCAUCCUCAUCUCACACUCCCGUCUACUUCCUCCGUUCUCACGUUCGGUGGCUGUUAACCGCCGUUCCUGCUAUUUACAGCAUUUUACUGUGAAGUUCUUACACAAACAGGGUAGACGACCAAACAGCCUGAUGUACUCUUCAUCACUACCGUCACCAGGGACAGAUCUAACGUUUGUUAGUGCAGUCACUGUUGAUUUACUGAGUCUGUUCUGCUGCCUGACUUAAAAUAAUUAUAUCUGAACUGACACUAUUUAUCUCUUACUCAUUUGAGUUUAUUUACAUGUUAUAAAUGAAGAUGUAAAUGAAGGUCAUUGCUAUUCAAACCACAUAUCAAGACUGAUGAGCACAUCACUUCAGUUUACCUAUUAGUUACAUAUCACUCCAUGCAUAUCAAUGAAAGGAUAUGCGUUUUACACUAAUAUCGGGAUCGACCACAUGAUAAUCCCACCGGUGAUGUCAUUUCCUGUGUUGAUAACAACUGUAUUGAACAUCACUGACCCAUCCAGACAUUUGUAGAAACGCACCUCAUUAUACGUGAAUCCUUAAAUAAGCUCCUUCACCUUAAGAAAAGAGCCUUAAAAGUCCCACAGCCCUGUUUCUGAAUGUUCUUAUACUAGUGUUUCAACUAAACUAACUAGGUUUAAACUCAACCACAGGGGCUGCUAAACUGUUCUUGGGGGAAUCUCACGAAAACAUGUCCAGAUUAUAUCGCACACUAAGAAAACCGAUUUGGUGUUAAGAAAAUAAAGCUGAUUUUAGGGGUUUAUUUAUUUAUUAUUAUUAUUUGCCAUUGUUUUCGCAACCAAGCACAUUUGCUUCUAAAUGCAUACAGAUUUUUGGUGGAAUGAAAUCUAAUUUCUUAUUUUUCUGAAAUUUCAGAAUGAAAUCUGACUCAUGAUCUUUGACAAAUUUGUUGAGAUUGACUCUCCUACUCUUUCCUCCUACAAGCAAACUGUCUUGAUUAGGAAAAAAAGCAUGCAAUUAAACAAGUGGGAAUGAUUAUUUGCUGAACAUGUGCUCACCCACAAGCCAUUCAAGAUGUAGAUGUUUUCUAAUGGGAACAGAUUUGAAGAAAUGUAGCAUUAGAUCACUUGCUCACCAAUGGAUCCUCUGCACUGAAUGGGUGCCGUCAGAACAAGAGUCCAAACAGCUGAUGGGAACGUCACUAUAAUUAAAAAAUGGCUUAAAGAUGGAUUUGUUUAACUUGAAACUGUUGAAAAUACUCCAGUGAACAUUUCAUCUGGUCUGAAUCAGGAGAGAAAUCUGCACAGAUGUAUCACUGUUUACAAUCCAAAACAGCUCUAAACAAAUUGGAGUACUGACUUGUGUUUUAGCCAAAAGUGCCACAUUAAGAACAUCUUAAAGAUUAAUUCAUUUCUUACAAACACACAGUUGUCUUCUCAAGAUGUGAACUGAUGGACUGGAGUGGUGUGGUUUACUUGUGAAUUAUUGUGAUGUUUUUAUCAGCUGUUUGGACUCUCAUUCUGACGGCACCCAUUCACUGCAGAGGAUCCAGUGGUGUGCGAGUGACGGAAUGACACAUUUCUCCAAAUCUGAUGAGGAAACAAACUCACCUACACCUUUGAUGGCCAGAGGAUGAGUAAAGUUAAGCUAAUUUACAUUUUUUUUAAAAGACGAAAGAUGUUUUCUUUAUUAUUCCCGAUCGUAAGACAUGUGCCAGACGAGGCAAUGACCUGUAUUGUUGAUUGUGUGAAACACUAGUCACUCCUCUUACUCAGUGCUGUUCAGUUUGAAGGAGUCCAUGGCAGCUUUUUUUCCGAUGUACAUUAUAUUUUGCCUUUUCUGUUUGUAAAUACAUGUCGUUAUGUUUGUUUACAAGACAAAUUGAUAGCAUUUUUUAUUUAUUGUUUUUCAGUUCUUUCUUUCUUUGUGAGAAAUAAGGACGGGGGUUGCAUGUUGUACUGAACUGAAGCGUCUUUUGUAAAGGGUGAAUCUGACGCCAGUGUUUUGGGCGACUAUUAGCGUUCUGUAUUUCUAAACUCUCCUGGUCAACAAAUUGGCAUUGCUGUUCAAAUGGGCUACGGAUUGCAAGCAGUAACGAAAUCGGAAAUGAAACACUCCCAAAGUAUCUUUUAAAAAGCCUGAUCAUACAGAACACUAAUAGCGUCUGGAGUCUAACAUAAUAACCGCUCUAUUUAAAUAUACUAAUUAUGAAACGGUUAAUACUGAGAAUUGUUUAGCAGUGCAUUUUGCUUGACUUUUGUGAUUUUUCCCGAUUGAUAUAAAGCUUGGCUAUAGUAAUUGAUGUCUUUGACUUUAAGACAUAUUUAAUAGUUUGGAGUUAGAAUCCAUGUUUAUGGCACUUUAUUAGAGUUCAGCACAGUUUCGACUAAACCACAGCUUGUUUGACUCUCUAGUGCCCUCUACGAGUAUGUAACUAGUACUGCAGUUCUUAACUGGUUUAAGCUUUGCUGCACAUGUAAAGGAUGCCAGUAUACAGCGUCCGAAUCAAACCAUUCGAAGUGAAUCUGCUUCACAUUGUAUCGUAUGCGAAACCCACGGGCCGUCCGUAAGUGACUGAGAGACUCCAAGUGUUAAAUAGCACCACCUGCUGACUGCAACAGUACAUUCCUUGAUAUAAGCUAUGCGUGUAAACUCAUAUUCCGGGCAUGACGUGGUCUGAUGAAGACGGUAGAAUGACUUGAAUAUGUUUUGGAGACUCUAAAUCCGGGCAUUCUUGAUGAGAAGUGCAAAGGUGCCAAAGCCUUUCAGCUAGUCUGUGAAUACAGUAGGACAAAUGAAAGCAUUUCCUCUUCCUCCUCUCUGAUUUUGAUUUUUGAUUUUUUUCUUCCUGUUUCUGAUUGGUCACAGAAUGGUACAGAUUGUUGGAAAAUUCAUGUAGCAAAAUGAAAACUCAGUUAUGGUACACUGGUGCCAAUCAACUCUAAUAAACAAAAUGGAUAAAUAGA